ACGGAGUUUUUAGACACCGAGCUACCUACAUUAGACGAAUACGAUAAGGUAAUCCGCAACUUUUAUACACCUAUUCGGCCUGUUCCACCACCGAAAUACUCAUUGACAGAUGCCAUGCUUGCUGCCAUUCCGUCCUACGAUUUCUCUCAGUUUCUCAGAAAGGAGCGGGAGAGAAUACAGGCUGUGAUUUUCCUGGAGAGAAAGGCCUCACAAUCAAAAAUCAAACCGCUUUCCGACUCGCAGCUUGCCAUUGUUGAAAGCAAAUGGAAGGCUCGCAACACGAACGAGCGCAUUGUCUCAGAUUUCUCCAUCGACAUCACAGUCAAGGAUAUCCAAACUCUCAAGGACUCAAGCUGGUUGAACGAUAAUGUCAUUGAUUUCUAUCUAAACCUAGUUGCUGCUCGCUCCACUGGUAUUUUUUGCUGGACAACCCAUUUCUUUUCCACCCUCAAGAGCAAAGGAUACCAAGGCGUGGCACGAUGGGCUAAAAGAAAAAAAGUCAAUCUUCUCGAAAAGGACUUGGUCAUUGUUCCAAUAAAUAUUAUGAGCACGCACUGGGCGCUUGCUGUGAUAGACAACCAAGCAAAACUGAUCAGCUACUAUGACUCUUUGGCGUCGCGUGGUAACCUCAAAGCGCUCCAGUUACUCAGCGAAUACAUGUCCAAAGAAAGCGAGCGUUUGCUGAUGCCACAGAUUGCAUACACUCUACACGCCAACGUGAAAACACCACAACAGCAAAACGGAUUUGACUGCGGUGUAUUCACCUGUACGGUGGCCAAGUGCCUCUCUGAGCAGUUGCCGCUUUCCUUCAGUCAAAAAGAUAUGCGGCUCAUCAGGCGAAGGAUGGCCUACGAGAUUAUAAACAACAAUCUUUUA